AUGGAAGACCUGGCUCAGCGAGCACUCCCACAACCAGCGGAUGGUGUUGACCCUGGUCGUAAUGUGGUUCGUCGUGCUCGUAGCACUCCACUCAACAAGCUCGCUACCUCGCUGAACGACAACGCAUCCGCGGCCACACUGGCGCUUCAAGCACAGAUUUCCGCCUUGCAGGGCAGCAUCGACACUCUAAACGCCCGCAUUGCGAACCUAGACCUUAUCUUGUACCUUAGAAUCUCCCGACCCGGCGGCGUUGCUCCGCAGGCGACACCUGUCGCACUCCAGUCGCGCAUCUCGUCGCUAAGAAGCAGCAUCCCCGCUAUCAACAAUCGCGCCACUUCCCUCAACACGGACCUGGCGGCCAUCCUCCCUAACCUCCGCACCUUGCUCAGUCAGCGAGUGGCGGCUCUCACUCAGAGGGUGGGUGCGCUGAAUGUGGACGUGUCGGCGCUCGCUGCGCAGGUGGACGCGCUGAUCGCCCCGCUGAGUGACGCCCUUGGCGUGGCGGACCUCGUGGCUUUGCUGCCACACCCAGCAGGCAUGCUGCGUGGCGUGCUCACCUCGUGCGAGGGCCUUCUCCCGGUGGGAGCAGCCAACAUCCAGAUCACCAAGAUGGGGUCGUCAUACGCGGUGGCGUACGAGCUGGUGGCGACGGGCAUGGCGGAGGCACCGCAGGCGGCGGCCAUCUACAGCGGCAACAGCACGUGCGGGCAGGCAGCCCCAGCCGUGGCGCUGCAGCUGCCCGGCACGUGGCAGCUGCUGAGCUCCGUGUCGUGGUCGCUGGCCAAUGUGCUCACUGUCGCGCCGGCGGACCUGGCGGACGUGCUCAGCGCCAUCCAGGCUGGCAUCAAUGGCCAGCUCUACAUUGGCUUUGCCGCCACCACCAGCAGCUUGUCGGGAAAGCUGCUUGCUUUGAAGGACAGGCCAAGGGAAGAAGGAUGUGUGAUCCGAGAGGGAACAUCACAAAUGCAGAUUCUUACGGUAGAGAGUGGUACAUAG